AUGUUUGGAAAUAAUAACAGAUCAAUGUUUGGAGGAAAUAAUACUCAAUCGCAAACAUUAGGCAACACUGGCACAAAUACAUUUGGUAAUAAUGUAAAUCAAUUUAAUAACACUGGAGGUGCUAUGAAUAAUGCUCAGAGUGGGUUUGGUGGGUUUGCAUCAACUCAAAAUAAACCAAUGUUUGGAAAUGCAAAUAGUGGUAAUAAUACAACAAAUACUGGAGGUAGUAUGUUCGGCCAAAAUCAGAAUUCUGGAUUCGGUGGUGGUUUGAAUAAUUCUAGUAAUGCAUUUGGUGGCAAUAAUACAAACGCCAAUACUGCAGGAUCUAAUAUGUUCGGAUCUCAAAAUAACAACAAUGCAUUUGGAAAUACCAGUAAUAAUAAUGCAUUUGGAGCCACCAACACAAAUAAUCUAACAGGAUUUGGUAACAACAGUAAUAAUACCGCCAAUAACAAUGCGUUUGGUAUGAAUAAACCUUCCACGGGUAUGUUUGGUCAGAAUAAUAUGAAUAAUAAUAACAAUCAGACAUCCAUGUUUGGUCAAAAUAAUGCUAAUAAUAACAGUGGUAAUUCGAUGUUUGGGUCUCAAAAUAAUAAUUCAUUUGGAAACAAUGCAUUUGGUGGAAUGAAUAAUACAAAUACUAAUCAAACACAAACAAAUGGUCUAUUUGGAAACAAUAAUUCAAACAGUAUGAAUAGUCCGUUUGGUAAUACCAAUAAUACUCAACAAACAGGUCUGUUUGGACAAAAUAACAAUCAAACUCAACAAGCUGGGAUAUUUGGUCAAAACAAUAACCAACAGCAAGGUGGCUUGUUUGGUGGAAAUAAGACAACUACUAUGGGAUUUGGAAAUCAAACCAAUUCAGGGUUUGGUAAUACAAACCAACAACAACAAGGUGGUAUGUUUGGCCAAAACAAUAACAAUAACACUGUAACCAAUAACAAUACAGGUAUGUUUGGCCAAAAUAAUCAAACAAGCUCUGGUUUUGGUCAACAAUCAUCUGGCGGUUUGUUUGGUAAUAAACCAGCUACUGGUGGUCUUUUUGGUCAAAAUAAUCAACAGCAACCACAACAACAAACAGGUGGUUUAUUUGGACAAAAUAACACGAUGCAAAAACCUGGUGGACUUUUUGGUCAAAAUAAUCAGCCACAACAGCAACAAGGUGGUCUGUUUGGAAAUAAACCUGCUAUGGGAGGUCUAUUUGGUGGUAAUCAACAGCAGCAGCAACCGGGUCAAUUAAAUAGUUCGGCUGGUGGCAUAUUUGGUAAUAAGCCUGCCACAGGUGGUUUGUUUGGAAACAAUAAUAUGAAUCAACAACAAACUCAGCCAGCAGGUUUUGGUAAUUCCUUUGGUUCAAACACAAUGAACCAAACCACUCAAAACAAUUCUUCUGGUGGUUUAUUUGGUAAUAAACCUGCAACCACUACUGGUGGUGGUCUGUUUGGCAACAACAAUAAUACUAAUGCAUUAUCUGGGUCAACAUUUGGUACAAACAGUACUACCUUAGGUGGUAAUAAUAUGGGAGCAACUUCAGGUGGGUUAUUCGGAAAUAAACCAGGAAACGCCACUGGAUUUGGUGCAACCCAACAAACCAGUACAACUGGGGGUGGUCUCUUCGGUGCUAAACCAAUGGGUACUUCAUUUGGUCAAACCCAGCCUGCAGGUGCUACUGCUGGUGGUUUAUUUGGUGCGAAACCUUCUACACUUGGUGGCUUGAAUAGUACCGUUGGUGGUACUGCUGGGUCAAGUAUGUUUGGAAAUAAUACAAAUACCAAUACCCUUGGUUCUACUACAACAGGAACUAACACACUUGGUGGUGGAUUAUUUGGUAAUAAAACUGCUCCAAAUAAUGGUCAACUAGGUAAUAACGUUAGUUUAUCCAUGGCUACUUCAAACCAACCUGCAGUUAAUUCCAAUUUAAAUAGUCUAUUUUUGAAUGGUACUCUUCCUGAAUCAAUCACACAACCUAAUAAAACCUCAAUUGUCAGAGUUAGUGCUGAUAAUAAAAUGAACACUACUUUAACCAAGGCUUAUAGAUUAGCACCAAAGGUAUUAUAUUCUACUAAACAGCUAACUUCUUUGAAUAGAACUUCAUUGAGAUCCUCGGAGUUGUCUAUUGCAUCUAGUGCAAAUAAUGAAGGUACUGUUUCAUUAGGUGCCAAAUCUGAAUCCGAAGUAAAUGCAUUGAAUGGUGCUACUCCUUUGAAGUUAUUGUUUAACCCUGAUAAAGUUUCGAUGAAAUCUUUAGUUGUUAGAAAGAAAUUUGAUAAUGGCGAUGAAAAUGUGACUGAAACAGAUUCAGUAAAACAAAUCACAUUCAAUAAUCCAGCAACUUCACCGAUUCAUCAGAAUGUUGUUCCCUCUUUCGAGACCCCUUCAAAUAAAGAGCAAGAACAAGAGCAAGAGCAAGAAAAGGUUAUUGAAACAGAUGAUACUAACGCUGUGAAAAUUGCCUCGCAGAUUCCGGUUACAGAGACAUCACAAUUUGUUAAAUUGCAUACAGUUUUGAGUGAUGAUGUCAAAUUUUUGGAUAAUGAUUAUUAUAUUUCUCCUUCUUUGGAGACAUUGAAAGCUAAAUCUUUACUUGAUUUAAGACAUGUGGAUAAUUUGAUUAUUGGUAAUACAAAAUUUGGUAAAAUGGAGUUCUUAGAAUCUGUUGAUCUUUCUAAUGUUCCAUUAAAUUUAUUAUGUGGUACAAUUAUCAAUUUUAGUGCUAAUGAAUGUUUAGUAUAUGCAGAUUCUUCAUCUGUUCCAAAACCAUCGGAUGGUUUAAAUGUUCGUGUUAGAAUUUCUAUUUAUAAUUGUUUCCCAAGAAAUAAAGAAGAUAGAAAAAUCAUUACAGAUAUUACACAUCCUGCAUUUGCUCAAAUUAUUGCCAAAUUAAAGAAAAAUCGUGAUCAAUAUGCAAAAUUUGAAAGUUAUGAUCCUACAACUGGUACGUAUACAUUUAUUAGGGAACAUGCAGCCGUUAGUGUUCCAUAA